UUCCAAAACUCCCAAGCUCCUUCUAUGUCUCCUCUUCUCUCAUAGUAAUUUUUUCUCUUCUUUUCAUUUUUGCCUUUUUGUCCUGAACUCCCAAACUAGGCCUUAAAAGCGAACGUUGGGAAGAGAGUUAAAAGCGAACGUUGCUAUCUAACAAGAAGUCGAGUAUGGCGGACUUCCUUGCUACUUUGCCCACCCCAUCCAUCUCUCGUUACAAUUGCCGGGCACCGAACAACUCUACUUCAGGACCAUCAUUACCCAUUAAACUCAUCAUUUCAACCGCACAGAGCUGCGCGCGUGCCUCCUACGCACCAACAUCAUCAAACUGCACCAUACCCUUCUUGGGUUUGCGGACGACUCUAUUGCCUCGAUUCUGCAGCACCACCACCACUAUCGCCGUCGUCAACCAUAACUCUACUGAAUCUUUUCCCAACGGCCGAAUAAUGCUCUCGUCCCUCUUCCAGCAAUUGGGGUUUAGGGAGAGAGAUGUAGAAGCCCUGUUGAACUGCAAUCCUGCUCUCACAUUAACCCCUUUCGAUUCCAUUCAAUCCCGGGCACGUUCACUACAAGCUCUGGGGUUAAGCCACCUUGCCCUUUCUCGAUUAAUUUUGAAAAGGCCAGAAGUUUUAACCGCUCCAGAAAUUGAUUCAUUAUUGCACUUUUUUCUUCGGAAUGACGAUUUGGAUAUACGAGGCAAAAUAGAGCCUGCAAAGAUUGAGCGCCUUCUAAAUGCAACGGAACCAACUUUCUUCCUGGGAUUUGAAGACAAAAUAAGACUGCUGCUUCACCAUGGGAUUCCCCAAGAAAAGCUUGUUCAUGUUCUCAACAAAGCUAACGUAACCAAGGCAUUGUGCCUUAAGUCGGUUGAUGAAAUUGGUCGGACGCUGGCUUUCUUGAACCGCUUUGGUGGGGUUGAUUUAAUUCUUAAACGUCCAUCGAUCCUUAAUUAUGAUUUGGACAGCCAAUUGAUUCCGAGGAUCACGUUCCUUUUAGAGUUGAGUGGGCGCAAUGAGGAUGCCACUGCUACUGUGUUGCGUAAACUGCCAUUUCUUGUGGCUUACAGUCUUGAUCACUUGAGCGAUCAUGUUGAGUUUCUCAAAUCAUUUGCCGGGUUAACUGAGAGUGAGAUAUUCAGGAUUGUUGCUGUUUAUCCGAAUUUGUUUAGCGCCAGCAGGAAAAGGAAAUUGCACCCCAGGAUUGACUUUCUGAAAAAAUGUGGUUUGAGUUCCCAGGAUAUAUGCCGGUUCUUGAUCAAAGCCCCUUUGUUUAUUGGUCUGUCAUUUGAGGAAAAUCUUGCUUGCAAGCUGGUUUUCUUGGUAAAAAUUGGUUAUGAGAACAGAACCAGAGAAUUGGCUAUGGCAAUGGGUGCUGUUACCCGGACUAGCUGCAAGAAUUUGCAGGAGGUGAUUGGGGUUUUCUUGAACUAUGGAUUAACUUGUGAGGAUAUUCUGGAGAUGAGCAAGAAACAUCCUCAGAUAUUGCAAUACAACCAUGAAUCACUGGAGGAGAAGCUGGACUACUUGAUUGAGGAUAUGGGUCGUGAAGUAGGGGAACUAUUGGCUUUUCCUGCAUUCCUCGGUUAUAAGCUUGAUGGUAGGAUUAAACAUAGAUAUGAAAUGAAGAAGAGUAGUUUAGGUGAAGGAAUGUCCCUCAACAAGCUAUUGAGUGUCUCAGCUGCUAGAUUCUCGACUAAAAACAAGAUACAAACGAUUUCAUUGAUUGAUGACAUGAAGUGAAGUAAUGAUUAUAUCACAUAGAUAUUGGUAUAUCUCCUGUUCAAACUUCUAGUGCUUCCUUGAAAUGGAAAUUCCAAUAGACAAGAACGCUGGUUCCCUUUCAUGUCUGGGCUGGUGCGCUGAGACAUGAUGAAUAUGGUUACUCUUCAGCGAGAGAGAAUUGUCUCCUCCAAAGGCCCUUUUUUUAUGGAUAACAUUGGACUUACCCUUAUUGAAGAUCUUCAUGAUUGUUGUUGAUUAGUAAGAGUUUCAAGUUCAAUUUAUACCUGGCCGAAAUUAAUAUUUCAUGUAUAGGAGAGCCUGUUCAUUUUUUGCACUACAAUGUUCACAGUUUAGAGCCCAGUACGUGUAACUGAUGUGUUCUAUCUAGAACCUGAACAUCCAUACCACUGUUUUUUGAA